GUCGCCAUCUUUAAGAGAGGAGCUCGGCUUGCGUCUUUCCCUCGCUCUCGCCGCGGCGCCAGCGCCAUGUUGCUUAGGGGCGGAAGUAGCGGAGCCCCGACUCAGCCCCCUUAAAGGGACAGAGACGGCGGCAACCUUCAGGGCUCGCUCCGGUACCAGGGGCGAAGCGGCCGAGGCGGCGAACUGUGUGUGUGGGACCCCAGUCCUGAGCUCGGAGGCGUUCCCUGGCCAGAGCUCUCUCCUCCCUUCUCCUCUGCCCCUUGAGGAGUCUGCAGUGCCCUGUGGCUCUGGGAGGCAUGUUCAAGAAUACGGCAACCGUCUGUAUGUGCCUGUCAGAGCCCCUCCGGGGGAGGAAGGCUGGAGCCUCGCUCACCCGGUGCUUGCACCAGACUCUCGCCAUGGCCAAACGACUGCAGGCCCGAAGGCUGGACGGGAUCGACCACAACCCCUGGGUGGAGUAUGUCAAACUGGCCAGUGAACAUGACGUCGUGAACUUGGGCCAGGGCUUUCCCGACUUCUCACCCCCAAGCUUUGCCAUGGAAGCCUUCCAGCACGCUGUCAGCGAGAACUUCAUGCUUAACCAGUACACCAAGGCCUUUGGUUAUCCACCUCUCACGAAGAUCCUGGCAAGUUUCUUUGGGAAGCUGCUGGGUCAGGAGAUAGACCCGCUCGAGAAUGUGCUGGUGACAGUGGGUGCCUAUGGGGCUCUGUUUACAGCCUUCCAGGCCCUUGUGGAUGAGGGAGAUGAGGUCAUCAUCAUCGAGCCGUUUUUUGACUGUUACGAGCCCAUGACACUGAUGGCGGGGGGUCGCCCCGUGUUUGUGUCCCUGAAGCCGGGUCCCGUCCCGGAUGGGGAACUGGACUCCAGCAGCAACUGGAAGCUGGACCCCGCAGAGCUGGCCAGCAGAUUCACACCUCGCACCAAAGCCCUUGUUCUGAACACACCCAACAACCCCCUGGGGAAGGUGUACUCUAGGGAGGAGCUGGAGCUGGUGGCCAGCCUGUGCCAGCAGCAUGAUGUCUUGUGCAUCAGCGACGAGGUCUACCAGUGGCUGGUCUACGACGGGCACCAGCACAUCAGCAUCGUCAGCCUCCCCGGCAUGUGGGAACGGACUCUGACCAUUGGCAGCGCCGGCAAGACCUUUAGCGCCACUGGCUGGAAGGUGGGCUGGGUCCUGGGUCCAGAUCGCAUCAUGAAGCACCUGCGAACUGUGCACCAGAACUCCAUCUUCCACUGCCCCACGCAGGGCCAGGCCGCAGUAGCCGAGAGCUUUGAGCAGGAGCAGCAGCGCUUGGGCCAGCCCGACAGCUACUUCAUGCAGCUCCCCCAGGCCAUGCAGCGCAACCGGGACCACAUGAUCCGCAGCCUGCAGGCGGUGGGCUUGAAGCCCGUGAUCCCGCAGGGCAGCUACUUCCUUGUCACAGACAUCUCAGACUUCAAGAGCAAGAUGCCCGACCUACCUGGUGCUGCAGAUGAGCCCUAUGACAGACGCUUUGUCAAGUGGAUGAUCCAGAACAAGGGGUUGGUGGCCAUCCCGGCCUCCAUCUUCUACAGCGGGCCACAUCAGAAGCACUUUGACCACCUCAUCCGUUUCUGCUUUGUGAAGAGUGAGUCCACGCUUCGGGCCAUGGAUGAGAAGCUGAAGCAGUGGGAAGGUGGAUACGCAGCCCUGAAGUCGCCCCCUCGGCCCUGACCCGCUGGUUCCUCCACGCUCUGUGGGUGUCCGUGUCUGUCCAGGUUUCAGCCCUUUCCAGGCCAGGGGGAGAUGCACUGGGAGACCCCUUCUCUAUGGGGUCCACAGAGGGGUCCACAGUGGGGUCCACAGUGUUUCUGGAGGAGAGCCCCCCUUCUUGGUCUUGGGGGAGUCAAGAGUGCCCCCCUGCAAUGCCUGUUCUCGCUCCUAGGUGAGGGAGGCCAGACUGGAUCUCUCCCUCCCUGCCCUGGGUUAGUUGUAGGGCCUUAGGUUGCUUUCGGUCUCCUGAGAGGGGACUGGGACUGGAAGAAAAGGGCCCAACAGUGCCCUGAGCCCCACAUCCCAGCCCCAUCCCCAGCCCUGCAUUGCCCAGCUGAGGCUGAGGCAUCUCCCUAUUCUUCUCUAAUCUUGACCUUGGGAAGGUACCUUUAGGCUUGAGGCCUCAAGCCAGCCCUUUUCGCCAUAAUAAAGUUUUACGUUAUUCACA